CUGAAAUUUCCUCAAUACUAUCAUCUUAAGAGAUCUAUCGAAACUCAGUUACUCUUCGUAUAUUUUGAACACGACCAUAACUUCAGUACCACAGAAGAUCAGUAUGUUCUCGCAGUUCCCACCCCUCAAGUCGCCCUCUUUAGCCCAUUUAGCCACCUUUCACGAGUAAACCCACUUCGUCUCUCCUCUUCACAUCUUCCUGCCUGUGGUGCAGACAUCUCCAAUGAACUUUUGGCCGCCUCGAUUGCUGAAUCGCCCUCGCAGAGUCUCCACGCCAUGGAUUGCCUGACCUGGCCGGCCGUUGGUCACCUCGGCCGCUCAUGUGUUUCGGUGCAUGCCAGUGACGAAGUGGACGAGGUGCUGUCGCUCGACGAAGCUGUAGCUCGUGAAGAUCGGCAUUUAAGCAAUCUGGAACCACUUCCAACGAGAGUGGCGUCGAUGUCGAUCCUCCCCUCGUCCGUUCAGCGUGUCCAGCCACACGUGCCGGCCAGAGGCUCUGCAGUCGCGGGAGAAGAGUUCUUGCUACAGUCGGUCAAUUCUUCUCUGAGGUCGGUAAAGACGUCUUCCCCAUCUGUAUCCUCUCGCCUCACCACUUUGUCGCUGCCGCUGAUCUGCUCCAGUCCGAAUGGAUCAGGCUCCUCUACCACUUCUACAGCAGACACCACUUUGGCGCAUAACUCCACCCCGCACCACUUCCGUCCUCAGGACCAGUCACGACCGUCCAUUCCAGACUCUCUACAACCGCGAUUCAACCCCAUGUCCAACAACCUUGGCUCUGGACACGCAAGUCUGAGAGGGCGCCUCUACCGAACUCGGGCCUCGUCCAGACAGCAGACACCCACACGCUUGACAUCCAGGCCGGAGACGUCUUCUUUCGUUACAACCCGACAGCCGGAAUCAUCGGUAAGCUGGAUCAACUAA